AUGGAUUUUGAAGGAAAUGUGCAAUCCCUUCUGGAGAUGGGUAUUGCCCGGGAUGUAGCAGAGCAAGCGUUGCGGGAGUGUAAUGGCGAUGUGGAAGCUGCGCUGAAUUAUAUAUUCAAUACACCGAAUGAGAUCGACAAUGACGCCAUGGCAGGGCAGCAAAUGGGUUCUGUGCCCGUUGGGACACAGGGUAUUUUUGAUGAUUCAGCGUUUAAGAUUCAGGAGAAUAACCCACCACAAUCACAGUCAUACAGCGAACAACAAUUGGUGCAAGAAAACCUGCCUGAUAACACAUUUCGGUCGGACUCUGAUACAAACUCGGACUCCGACUCGAGUUCGUCCUUGGAGCAGUCUCAAUACACGUCAAUUGAUGAUCUCAUACCACAACAGUUUAAAAACACAAUGGACUACCCUACAGUGGUGAUACCAGCGCCUGCAGUGCCAAACCAUAUCUACUACUGUGCACUCUUCGCAUUAUUCAUAUCUAUUCACUUACCACACUAUUUCGUGAAAGCUGACCAUGAUGAUAUGCCGCUGUUAUUUAGUCCAGAUUGGUUUAAUGACAUUGAUAGGGAACCAGAGGAUGAGCCACUACUAGUUCUAAGAGACCAAUUACACAAAUUGAUUGCUGUUCAAAACUCCAAUGACCACUCUGCCAGGGCGUUCGUUACUUCAAAGAUGUUUGAUGUUGAUUUGCAAAGUGUAAUUCAGUCCAACGAGCCCAUGUUGACAAACCCUAAUUAUUUUCACUUGUAUCAGAUAUUACCAUCUUUCAUCAAAACAAUAGCUAAUUUGUCAUACACGGAGAAGAAUUUGUUCAUAUCAAGUGCAAUUCAAGGCGGUGAAGAGGCAAGUAGUUCAAAGGAAUCCCUAUUGUCGCUAUUUCACUUUCUACCUGAAGAAUAUGAAUCUAAUUUAUAUAAGAUGUUCAAUGUGCUGUUAUAUCCUGACGAUGACCAUGAUAUAGGUGAAGAUGAAGAUGAAGUUUCGGAGAACUCUUUGAAAGAAUUGGCGCCAGUGAUGACAAUUAUAUUUAACGAAGCUGAGAACAUAGACGAAAACGCACCAGUAACAAAUGGUGUCGAAGUGCCGUUGAAGUUCUACCCUCAGUUAUAUACCAAGAAAUGUAAGGAUCAACUGAUUAGCCAUGUGCUUUCAAAAAGAAAAGACGGCCGUAAAGAACUGAAGCAAAUAUUGAAGGACAUUGGCAAUUUAAAAUCAUACCAAGGUAAAGAUAUCCUUUCGUUUAUCAACAGUUCAUUAGAUUAUUUGACGAAGGACAAGGACGAUUCCGGGAUUGCUGAAGAGUUGCAUAAAUUAAAGGAUGAACUGACAGCGAAGAAGACCGAAAAGAUGAACUCUUAUAAACAAAUAUCUGAAAAGAUGCACACUGAAUGGAAUAUCCAAAAUCCAGAGUUGAAAAUAGUGGAAACAGCCACAAAAUUGGGAUUAAUAGAUGAGCCUUAUUUCCUAAACCUGGCAGUUGUGUCACCUUUCUUCUAUUUCGUAAGGAAUAGGAAGGACGAAUGGUAUGAAGUUAGGUUCAAUCCCUUUAAUACGGCAGAGGAUAAAAUCAGCGUCGGCAAAUGUGAUGGGCCUGGCGAGGUUAUACAGCAUGUCAAGAACUCUACAACAGUACCCAACAGCACGCCAUUAAUGUUUGUAUAUAGUAAGGAUUCAUACAUGGCAGACGAUACCGAAAUGCAAGAACUCUUGAGCCAGAACAAGACGUUAUUGGACUUUUUCAAGCAAGAUCAGAUAUAUUUACAAAAUUUUGAAAAUGCUAGGGGAGAAGGUGAUAUAAGAAUAUGA